GGCUAUCUCAACUCAAAACUAAUGUUAAGGUGGGAGGGUCCCUUUAAGCGUUUGCAAGUGAUGAGCGUGGCUAUAGAACUCCGUGAUGAAAAUACCAUUGCUCUUAUUUUUAUGUAUCUGGGAGUUGGAGCUGACUGAAGUUGCUGGCUGUUCCAGUCUUUUCAACUAGUAAUAUUGCUUAGAAGCACAACAAACGCACUUUGCUUUGGUUUGGUGUCCGCAAGAUAGAUCGUGAAGGUUGAGGUUAAGUGGUUGCAUGGGGCGGCGCCGAUGGACCCCAGUCUGAUACGGAGGUUGCAGCGGCUGCACGUGCUGCGGUCCGGCGGUCCGGAGCGGCGCCAGCGCGGACGCCGCAGCAUGGAGGCGCUCGUGCGCGACCUCAGCCACGCGCUCGAGGAGAGCUCCUCGUCGUCCCAUCGGCGGCGGCGCGGCUGGCGGCGCCGCUCACGCUCGGCCGGCACUCUGUCCGGCGCCCCGCCGCGCGCCUACAGCGAGGACUCGGGCAGCUCGGUGGGCGAGGCCCACCUGUCCACCGAGCGGCAGAUCUCCAGCGUCCAGGUGAGCGACUCGGAUGAGAUGGUGAGCACGGCGGGCAUCCUGUCUCACAGCCGGCGCACCCAGCGCCACCGUCUGUCGGCCACCGCCUGCCUGGCGGGCCCGCUCGGCGAGUCCGACUCGGUCAACGAGAACUUCUCGCCGGCCCGGCUGCAGCGCAGGAAGCGGAAGCUGAAGCGUAUGGCGCUGGACAGCGAGAUGUCGCAGCCGUCGACAUCCUCGGUGGGCCUGCCGCCGGGCGCCGGCGCUGGCUCUGUCUCCGAGCUCAGCCGGAAGCGCUCCAAGAUGCAGGACGGCUACAGCGACCCCAGACACGGGUCGCUGCGUCGGAUGUGGAAGCGCAAGUGUGACCGUAAGGAGGGCGGCAUGUUCCCGCCGCGCCGGCCACUGCAGGACCAGGAGGAGAUGGAGUGCAGCGACCUCGACCGGCUGCACGGGGACAUGCUGAGCAGCAGCAGCCUGAGCUCUGCCGGCGAGUCGGACGGCCUGGACGACCCGGGCGUCUACACCAACGACGAGGGGCGGGAGGGCGACGACGAACAGUCGGACUGGUACCACGAGCCGGCCGACGAGCCGCCCGAGCGGACCGCCCGGCCCGCCCGGCCCGCAGUCGCCGCCGCCGCCGCCGGCCGCUCCGGGCCCAUCAAGCCGAGCCGGGAGAUCCGCGCCGGCCGGCGCCGGCUGCGGGACCGGCGGCCCGCCUUCUCCAUCGUCUCGUCGCUCAACGACCGGGUGGCCGCCUUUCUGCAGGACCCGCAGCAGACCGAGGUGCACCUGCAGACGGGCGGCGCCAAGGCUGAGGAGGACCAGCUAGGCCACCUGGCCAACCUGUACUCGCUGAGGGUGCGCCGAGACGCGCCCGGAUCCUUCAGCGCCUUCAAGACCGGGAUGACCACGCGGGGCGUGCUCGUGUCGCCCGAGUACCAGGGCCGCGGCGGCUCGGGCGACUCGAAGCGGCGCCGGCGCACCACGCCGUCCGUGUCUGUGGACCAGUUCUGCGUGCCGGCCGAGCCGCGCGGCGCGCCGUCCGUGCCGUGGCUGCAGCCGCUGCCGCUGCCGCUGGCCGCCGGCGAGGCCGGCUGCAGCCGACCUACCAGCGGCGACGGCCACACGCCCGUGCCGCCCGAGUCGUCCAGUCCGCAGACCACCGAGGAGCCGCACUCGCCGGCCAACGACGCCGAGUAGCCGACGGCGCGGAGGGUGAGGGACUGCCAACGGACAGGGGUGAGACUGGGGACGGGGGCACAGGGGGAGAGACGGAGGGACACGUAGAGGGACGCGUAGAGAGACGGCGUAAGGUAGACACAGUGAGAGAGACGGUGUACGGAUAGAUGGAUGACAGAGGGGAGAGACGGAGGACGGGCAGAAGUAGGUAGACUGGUGAUAGACGGCGAACGGUGGAAGGUGGGCAGAGGGACGGCGGACGGGGAGGGACGGACGCAGGAGCUGACAGCGAAUGGAUAUAGACGGACGGAGAGACUGGGAUAGACACUGGUGGACGCCGGGGACUCUGAGGAAGACAGACGGAUGGACAUUGGGUAAACAGAGGAUAAGACGGCGGACGGAGGGAGGGACCUCGAGAUGGCCGACACUGGGGGUGAGACGACGGACCGCCUGCUUUCCCGCCACUUUAAGAAAGUCCAGAAUGCUGGCGCAGUCGUGUGUUUGGUUGCUGAAAGGUGGUCCGCAGUUGAGCCGAAACCUGAGUGAAACCCGUGAUUAGUAUUUAUGGCUUAACGAAUGAAUUUUUAUGAUUGAAGUCUGGUGACGCGACUAGGCAGUGUGAAGUUGUGAAUGGCGUGCGCGAGUGAAGCAUCUACCUCUGGCUAUGUAGAGCCGCGGCGGGACGCUGGUCCCGGCCCCCACCACCAGGCUGGCGCUGCCGCCAGCGCCGGGCACCCUGGUGUCGUCUCCGGUCAGCGGGUGCCCGGGCGUCGUGUACCGGUGUAGUAGAGGGACGGACAGCGGUACACCACUGCUGGUCCUGCGGGUACAGCCGUACCGGUCCGCAGCGGUCUGAAUGGACCAGCCCGGUCCAACCCGUGUUCAACACGAACCAGUCCGGUCCAACCUGUAAGACAAACAUGGUCCAAGACCAUUAGCCAACCAAGUCCAAUAUAUUUAUCGGCGCCGCCCUGCCAUUCUACAGGUCAUCUCACGCGUGACAUUCCUGAACAAUGGAAAUGGCCAUAACAGUCUAGAUGUUCUGCUUAGUGUACAGUGCGUCUGUAGAUGUUCUGUUUUACGCCACCGGAUGUCGGUGGUGGUGUGGCGGUCUUUUAGAUACUACUGGUCUGAAUGCCUCAUCGUCCGCCACUGGUGAGCUAGUCACUGCGGCGGGACACCCACCUCUGGACAGGGCCGUGUCAGUCGGAUCCCCAGGCGUGCCCGCACAGUGACCCGGGCCGCUGUCAGGCCCCACCAGUAAAUCGAUCAGCAGGUGCGGGCGGCGCUUCUGUGUGAAGUGUGAGAAAUAAUCGAUACACUACCGUGUCCGCUAACAAUCCGCUCAGGGGCUGCGCUCCUGAUUAUUGCUUGCCAUUGAUCUCGCUCGAUACAAUUUGACAGUUCGGUCGGCUAUCAAAAUGUUGUCCAUCUGUACAGAAGAAGGGCCGUAUUGUAACUACGUGUAUAACAAUACACAUCUGCGAACGAA